CCCCGGCCGCGCCCCCGUCUCUGCGCACCGGGGCAGGGGGCCGAACCCGCCGCGCCGGACACGGAGCCCGGGGUUCCUGCGGCCCCAGCAGGCUGCCCCUCCGCGGGGCCAUGGCCCCCUUCCCCGCCUGCCUCAACUCGGCCGUGCUGGUGCUGUUCAGCUGCGACCUCUGCCUGGUGCGAGCAAAUAGGCCGCCGUCCCCAGUCAACGUGACUGUUACGCACCUGAAGGCAAACUCUGCCACUGUCUCGUGGGAUGUCCCGGAGGGAGACGUCAUCAUUGGCUAUGCCAUCUCACAGCAGCGGCAGGACGGGCAAAUGCAGCGGUUCAUCCGAGAGGUGAACACCACGAACCGGGCCUGCGUGCUGUGGGACCUGGCAGAGGACGCAGACUACAUCAUCCAGGUGCAGAGCAUCAGCCUGCACGGAGAGAGCCAGGCCAGCAAGAGGGUCCAUUUCCGGACCCUGAAAGAGACUGAUCGCCUCCCCUCCAACAGCUCCAACCAAGGUGACAUCACCGUGGAAGGGCUGGACAAGGAGCGGCAGCUCCAGACGGGGGAGAUUGUCAUCAUCGUGACUGUGCUGCUCAUGUGGGCAGCAGUGAUCGCGCUCUUCUGCAGACAGUAUGACAUUAUCAAGGAUAAUGACUCCAACAACAACAAGGAAAAGACCAAGCCGUCCUCAGAACACAGCACGCCGGAGCGACCCACGGGGGGGCUACUGUACAGUAAGAAAAAGUCUCUGUCUGUCAAUAUCAUUGAGGUGUGAGUACAGUCCAGCUCUGGAUCUGGGAAUGCUGCCAGACCCAAGGAAGAUCAUGGGAUAAAAG